UCAACAGAAGAGGCUCCUGACAUAGAGGAAAUUGCAAACAGAGAGUACGACACAGUUCAUGGUAGAAUCUUAGCUGUCAACAUGGCUACUUUGGGAAAAAGAAGGCUGCAAGGAAGACCAGAAAAUCCAUUUGAAAGAAUCGAAAACAUCAAUGACCAUGAUGAUCUUAACCURUACCAGGGUGAUAUYCAACUGGAUGAMGACUUAGAAGAACUCCUUCACAUGCCGAAUAGGACUAUCACAAAACGAAAUGCCGUACGCAAAAAAGCUCUACUUUGGACAUCGAGAACAAUUCCAUAUUUGCUGCCAGGAUACAUGGCUYAUAUCAAAGGGAACCUUUUGACUGCAAUUAGCCAUUUCCACAAGCACACUUGUAUUCGUUUUGUUCCAUACAAACCAGGUCUGCAUAGGAACUAUAUCAAGUUUAACAACAAAAAUGGGUGCUCCUCUAAGGUUGGCAAAAAAUACCAUAUGCCUGGUGCCCAAGGUUUGUCUCUUGGUCGGGGAUGUGAAAAUGUAGGCACUAUAUUGCAUGAGCUACUUCACGCAUUAGGUUUUUGGCAUGAGCAAGCUCGACAAGAUCGUGAUAAAUACGUCAAGAUAUAUUGGGAAAACAUACAAGAAGGAUUCGCCGAUCAGUUUGACAAGUAUUCUUGGAAGACCAUUGACACAUUAGGGAAAUCCUAUGACUACGAUUCUAUCAUGCAUUAUGAUCGAAGGGCAUUUUCCAAAAAUGGCAGGCCAACUAUUGUGGCCAUUGGUGAUGAAAAACGAGAUUUUGGAUCCACAAGAACGUUUUUGAGUACUAAGGAYAUCAUUGAGAUCAAUACAUUGUAUAAUUGUAAAGCAAAACAAUAUGGCUGGUCUUCAUGGUCUAGUUAUACCCCAUGUAACAAAGAAUGCUACAAAAGCCGAGAACGUUACUGUUAUAAUCCGGGAAACGUAAAGUACUGUGGAGGAAAUACUAACGUGUAUGGGAUUGACAUUGAUCGUAAGAAGUGUACGAAAAGAGAAUGCCUUGCACGCAAUGCCAUCCACGGUCAUUGGGGACACUGGAGCAAGUGGUCGUCUUGCAGUGUUACAUGCAAUGAUGGCGUACGAUCACGUGAACGACUUUGUAAUAAUCCUGAGCCUUCCAAAUAUGGUAAAAAAUGCCCUGGUAAAUCUAAAGAAAAAAGCUUGUGCACUCUACGAAGGUGUCAUCCUGGUCCUGAUGAUACGGAUUUCGAUAACCCUAAAAGUCCAUUUGGUAUUUGGAGAAAUAAACCUGGUGCACAACUAAAGUGGAUACGUCACAGGCCAUUCUCACAGACAAUGAACACUGGUCCAAUGUAUGAUCAUACUUUUGGCAAUCCCUCAGGUACAAUGUCUGUGCGAUUUCAGUAA